GAAAGGCCUUUGUCGUUAGAGCCAGUGCCCACUUACCCUCCUCAGCAUCAGUGACCGCACCGAUGGACAGGAGCAAGGAGGUAUUGCCGAAAUCGAGAUUCCUCCCAUGAAAUUCCACAACCUGGCAGCCAGCCAGAAGGCGGUGUACCAGCCAGCGUUCAAGCAUAGGAGAUGGCUCGAACAGAGGAAGGAACGUUCAGCCGAGGGCCAUGAGUCGAUUGCUCAGAUGGAGACCAACUUGCCGGCACUCCGUGGUCCAGAGGCGUCAAUCGCAAACCAUGAAUCGGAUCUCAAAACGUUUUACGACAACCUUGUCCUCAAGGAACACCUAUGGGAUGACAAGAGAGCCAGGGACAGGGAAUUCAAGCUGGCCGCAGAACGCCUUCUGAAGAUGAUCGGAGGAACUCCUGGCAAGAAAAGGGAUAAUGAUAACAAGGUGGUCAUCAGUAUCAGACUCGGGGAGUUUUCUUCAACGCCGCGGUUGUCCUCCCUUCACACAGCAUUCUCCGCGUACUUUGUGCAGCUGGCGCGAUCGCAGGAGUACAGUGCCAUGGGUGUCAAUGAAUAUUACACAUCCAAGCGCUGUCCGGUCUGCAAGGAGUUUGUGGGUCAGCCAUAUUACAUGCUGCCACCGCGUGUAUUUAAUUAGGUGGCACGAUUGGAUGUGACGGAGGCGGAACAACCAGGCGUCGAACGGAUGGCACCAGAAGACGAGGAAACUGAGCCAGAUCGGCGCAAGAGACCAGUGGCAUUUUUUUUUUUUCAAAUAGUUAGACAGACCAAUUUGUGUGUAUA